CGCCCAGACGGGGGUGGCGUUGGCCGAGAGGGACGCCGGCAUACGGGAGGCUCACUGUAAUCGGGAGUCAAUGGAAACCAAAUACAGUGCCGACACUAAGAUAGAGGACGCGCACAGACUCUUCUCGUUAGAAAAGGCCAAAUAUGAUGGAGAGGUCAACACAAAGAAAGCUGAGGCACAGUUGGCUUAUGAGCUGCAGUGCGCAAAACUGCAACAAUUGAUACGAAAUGAAGAGAUGGAGAUAGAAGUGGUCGAAAGGAGGAAAGAGAUCGACAUUCAGGAAAAGGAGAUCUUAAGGAAGGAGAAGGAACUCAUGUCUAAAGUGAAACUCCCGGCAGAAGCCGAGGCCUAUCGGGUGGAGAUGAUCGCCGGCGGCGAGCGAACCAAAACGGUGGCCGUCGCUCAGGCCGGCGCUCAACGUAUCAAAUUGAUUGGCGCAGCACAGGCUUACGGCAUCGAAGCGGUGGGAAAGGCAGAGGCGGAACGGAUGCGGAUGAAAGCGGCGGCGUAUAAACAAUACGAAGACGCGGCUAUUCUGGCCCUCACUCUGGAAGCACUGCCGAAGAUCGCGGCCGAAGUGGCGGCUCCGUUGGCCAAAACUGAUAGCAUUGUCCUCAUUGGCAACGAUAGCGGAGGGGCGACCGACGCUCUCGUGUCACUCGUGUCACAACUCCCGCCCACUAUUCAGGCGCUGACCGGAAUUAAUGUGACCGGACUUCUGGGCAAAAUACCCGGCGCUGUAACACAAAGCUAA